UGUUUAUUAUUUUUCGUUUGUAAUAUGCUCAUGCUAGAAUAUUUAAAUUACACGUAAUUCUGUUUUAAUUUAUUAGUCCUGACUAAUAUAAUCCCAAACAAGUAUUUACGCGGUCUUGACAUCGCUUGAUUUAUUUGUUUUGUUAAGUUACGCGGUAUUGCAUUUUACUGAAACAAAUAAUUAUACAUUUUUUAUUUAUAGAUAAAUUCUUACAUUCUCACCCAAAUGAUGGAGGACCAAGAAAACUUUAUUUUAGAAAAUGCAGAUUUUAAUGAUAACGUCGUAACUUUGCGAGAGUUAUGUGAAAGGCGAAAAAUAUUAUUACAGAAGAAGAAAGAUAUAUGAAAUAUAUGCAACUAUCAAAAUAAAGCUACAAUACAACCAGUGACGACAUCUUUGUCUCAGAAUCAAAAUCUAACACCAGAGAUACCUUUGUCUGAGAAUUUAACAUCCGAGUUGACUACACUUACUACGAUUUUGGACCCGCCAGAAUCGAUGCAAAAUGUAGAUUAUAAUAUUCCUACAUCGAUUAAAUCUAAUGAUGUAACAGAAAAUCACAAUAAUGACAUUGAUUUUACGUCUUAUGACAAUUUUUUUGUCAACUUAUCAGACAUUACAAACUUAAAGUCAUUAUCACCAGAAUGUACAGAGUGGUUUCCCGAAAGGGAAAUAGAAGAAAAUGAAAAAAAUAUAAAAAAACGCAAAGGAGAUCAAAAUAAUUGGAAGAGAAUGAAAAAUAAAAAACAGAGAAUGAUGGGAAAAGAGUAUAUUGGAUUUAAAAAAGAGGGCACAAAAUUUGUCCAGAACGAUCCUAAACCAGCAAGAAUAAUGGGUCCAAUAUGUAUGUCAACAAAAUGCUUCAGUGGUAAGGCUAUGUAUUGUUCAAAAUUAACAGAAAAAGUUCGAUCUGAAAUAUUUAAUAACUACUGGAAGAUGACUUGGCAAGAAAAAAAAAUGUACGUAUAUUCAAUGGUGGAUAAAAAACCUACAUCUAGAAAAACCAAGGCCUUAAAUUCAAGACGACGUGAUACUAAAAUAUACUAUUUAAAAGUUAAUGAUAAAAAAGAAAGAGUUUGCCUGAAAACGUUUUUGGAGACAUUGGGUAUAAAAGAAUGGACGGUUCGCUAUUGGCUCGGAGAUGAGACAAAUAUUAAGGAGCCUGAAAAAACAGAAGUCAUACAAAAAAUAUCCAAAAAAGAAUUAGCUAAAAACUAUUUAACUGCCCUACCGAAACUACCGUCUCAUUACUGCAGACAAUCUACGUCAAAAUUGUACUUAGAACCAAUUAUACAAUCAAAAUCACAAUUGUAUCGUCUUUAUGUCGAUUACUCGGUUUCGGGAAAUAAACCUGUGGCAUCUAGAAAAGUAUUUGAAAGCGUUUUGUUUGAGGAGAAUAUUGGAUUAUUUCAACCAAAAAAAGAUGCUUGCGACCAGUGCUGUGCUUACAAAAUUGGUAAUUUAUCAGAUGAACAGUAUGCUAAACAUAUCGAACGAAAAAACUUAGCUCGAGCUGAAAAACAGUCUGACAAAGAAUUAGCACAAAAAGGAAUCAUACAUGCAUUAACAGCAGAUCUUCAGGCAGUCAAACUAUGUCCUUUCCUCAAUGCCAGUGCCCUUUACUUUAAAACUAAACUCGCCGUGCAUAACUUUUCUGUGUAUAAUCUUGGCAAUAAUGGAGUCACGUGUUACUGGUUUGAUGAGACAGCAUGCGACCUUAAAGCCACUACUUACGCAUCUUUUUUUGUAGACUACGUAACUAAAUUACUGGAAAAUAAUUGCAAGGACGUUGUUAUAUUUACAGAUGGUUGUACAGCACAGAAUAGAAAUAAUGUUGUAUCGAAUGCGUUGUUGCACCUGGCUAUGGCUAGGAACGUAGUAAUAACUCAGAAGUACUUGGAGAAAGGUCACACGCAGAUGGAAGUUGAUUCAGUCCACUCAGUGAUUGAUAGGAAAUUGAAAAAUCGGGAAAUAUUUUUACCUUCACAAUAUGCCACAAUAACAAAGGAGGCCAGAAAAGUACCAAGUCCUUAUGAAGUUAUUACACCUGAUUAUACGUUUUUUAAAGACUUUGGUCUUGCAGAUUACCGGAUUUAUGAAUCGAUAAGACCUGGCCGAGGAACGGGUGAUCAUUGUGUUAUUGAUAUAAAAGCACUGAGAUAUAAUCCAAAUGGCACGAUAGAUUAUAAACUCCACUUUUCAGAUGAUUUUGUCCCAUUGCCCAGAAGACCAAGGAAGAUUACGUCUUUGAUUAACAGUAUGCCUUCGAUUUAUAAAUCUAGGCAACCAAUUACCAAGACAAAGUAUGAUCACCUACAGGAGCUGAAGAAUGUCAUACCUCAAGACUGCCAUGCUUUUUAUGAUAAUUUACCUUUUAAAUAAUUUAAAGUUACUAUUUUGACUGUGAAAUGCUGUGAUUAACAGAAUUUAAUUAGAAUUUAAGAGCAAAUACCAAACAUAUUAUUAUUGUUAUGAUUAUUAUUUGUUUAUGAAAACUUUAGUUGAAAAUAUUUAAGCACCUGAAACAACGUUAAGUGAUUAUUAUGGAAGAAUCUAGGAAAAGGUUUAUUUUUGUUAUUCCAAGUUUCUUAUUGUUAUAAAAGAUUUUUUCUUAUCUUCAUUAGAUAUGUAAGUACUUACCUAUGCACAAUGUUUUAGUUAAUAAUAAAUAGUUACUAUUUUUUAGUUUCAGAUGAUUAUUUUGAUCUUGUUGAUAAGAAGUCUGAACUCUUGUAACAAGAUCUCUAUUAAAAAUUAUGAAUGAAUAGAUAAUAUUAUCCUUUUGUAAACUGAUUCCGAUACUAAAUACAUAAUAUUUUUGUUAGAAUAUAUUGUUUCAGAUUGGAUUUUUCUAAUAAUAAAUACAACCCUUUA